AAUAGGUAAAGGAAGAUUCAGAAGUACUAAAUGACUCUGGGUGCACUGACAACUCCAACAACCACUUUAAAAAGCCACCUUCACCCUCUCUGCUCUAUCUGUGACUCACCAGCCCAAUAGAAAGCUCCUGAAGUUUAUUUAAGUCCAUAAUCCGUAGCCACUAGUGGAGAUUGGCUGUUUCUCACUAAAUUUCCUCUCCCCUUUUUACUUCAUAUAUAGCCAGAGCCAUGUAAUCCUUCCUGAAAAGAGUUUUAUUGAGAGAGAGCGUUGGGGUGUACCAGCAACAAUCUGUCAAUUCCAUCUCUCCACUGCAGGGGGAGCCGACACCUGAAGACUAGAAGAAGGGCACACAUAGACACAGAGCAGCUGCUUCAACAAGUUUGGUAAAGUUGAGCCCUUCUCAAAACGAGUGGAUACCAAUUGGAAAACAGUCUGCCUUUACUACUUUAAAUCCAAGGGAAGUGUUGGAACUCAGUAGAGACCUAUCUACAAACUAUGACUUCUAACGUGUCUGAAGUUCAUGAAUACUAUGAUUAUGCAGACUUGUACAGCAACGAGCCUGCACGGGCGACUGUGCCCCCAGAAGAAAUUAUCUUGCCAUGUUUCCCCACUGCAUCUGACAAGCUCUACCAUACCUGUAUCUCUGCACUGUCUCUUGUUGUUCUCUUGAUCCUUGCUGCCUUUACAAAACGUAAAAGGCUGUGUCAAGGCUUUUUAGAAGGGGUUCCAGGGUUACUCAGCCCAGUGAACUUCCUCGAUCACACCCAGCACAAGAGUCUGGCUGGGGCUGUCUUUGGGGGACUCUUCUGCAGGCUGGUUGUGGUGGUCCUGGCUAAGAAUCCCCUGCCUUUCACAGAGGACCCUGCCCCUGAGAACAAAGAGUACUGGAAGAUCCUGGCCCUCUUCUAUUACCCUGCUCUCUACUACCCCCUGCUGGCCUGCGGUACUCUCCACAGUCGUGUGGGUUACGUCCUGGGGAGCCUGCUGUCCUGGACUCACUUUGGCGUCCUUGUCUGGCAGAAAGUGGACUGUCCUCAGACGCCAGAGAUCUAUAAAUUUUACACUCUGCUGUCCAGUCUUCCACAGAUCAUCUGCCUGGCCUUCCUCAGUUUCCAGUACCCUCUGCUGUUGUUUAAGAAUUCAGGGAGUGCCGGGCAAACUAACACCAGCGAGGACCUGCACAGUAGCUAUUACAAGGAGUAUGUGCAGAAAAUCCUCAGGAAAAAAGUCGCCAAAAGCAGUUCCGGCAGUUCUAAACCUACGAUACCUUCAAGAAUCUCUGCUGCCCUGCAGUCUUAUAUCUACGCUACAGAGGACGGUUUCAGAUUUCCUUUGAAGCUGGUUAUCUCUACUGUGGUAUCAAUUAUUUCAGUGUAUCAGGUGAUGCUGUUGCUGGUGUUGCUGGUGAUUCCCACCCUGCAGAAAGUGCGUGCGGGAGUGAAUGAAGACAUUGCCUUCCUCCUGGCUGGAUUUAACAUCAUCCUGUCAGAUAGCCGGGCCGAGGUGGUUGAGAUUGUCAAAAAUUACCUCUGGACGGUGGAAGUGUGCUACAUCUCCACUGUUGCUCUGUCUGGUCUUGUAACCUUGGUGAUGCUCAUGAGGUCCAUGGUUUUGCACAGAUCUAACCUGAAAGGUCUGUACCGAGGGGACAUUUACAGUGUCUACAAUCGCCAGAGGAGCAUCCGACCGUCCCGGCCUGCCAUCGUCUGCUGGAUGAGUUUCACAAGCUACCAGGCUGCACUCGUCUGUAUAGCCCUGUUGAUUCAGACGCUUGUUUUCUUUAUCUGUAUCCUGUGGUUCGUGUUCCUGAUCCUGAGCCCCAUACUGUAUGGCCAAAACCUCAUUCUCUUCCGAAUCUUCAAGAUCAUGUGGCCCUUCUGGCUGAUGCUGUGUUUAGUUGUGAUUAUUCAGCAUGUGAUGGCCAAGUUUGCCUUCCUUAAAAAGGAUGCCGGGAAGAGAGACUUGGACAACAGACAGGGGCUGUUUCUGCUCACCUACCUGCUGUUCCCUGUCAAUGUUCUGGUGGGGGUUCUCCUGGGGGUGUGGAGGAUUGUGAUCACUGCCCUCUUCAACAUCAUUCACCUGGGCCGGCUGGAUAUUAGCCUGCUAAACCGGGGCGUGGAGUCCUUUGACCCAGGUUACCGCUGUUACGCGCAUUACUUGAAGAUUGAGGUGAGCCAGUCCCACCCUGUGAUGAAAGCUUUCUGCAGCGUGCUGCUCCAGCCUCCAGCCCCCGAGGGCACUGUGGGACAGAAAAUGAGCGCCAUGGAGGAAGGGAUUCAACUGGUGCAGCAAGACAAGAAGCAGAAGAUCUCCAAUUCCAGGAGGGCUCGAGAGAGGUGGUGGCUCAUCUAUACCCUUGUCAACAACCCCUCACUGGUGGCGUCACGAAAGCACUUCCAGGCGCGGAGCUCCGAGGCCUUUCUGAACGGGACACUGAAUGAGACCUCAAAGGAAAGCGUCUCCGAACCAGAGAAAACAGACCCAAAAUCAAAUUACAUGUGAAACACUGAGAUGAAAAGAAUAUUGAAGCAACGGCACUUAAGAAAAAUAAAUACAUAUAUUCAAAGUGCACUGCAAAUGUAUUUGAUUUAUAUAUGUUUUAAGGUCAAUUUGGUCUUCAAAGUCUGCUUAUUUAAAUAAAAAAAAGAAAUUACAUUAAAGUACAGAUUUUAUCAAAUGGCCCAAGAACAGUGAGUAGUGUAUUGAAGUGACUUUAGUGUUCCAGUGUAAGUAUAUCAGUGUUAUGGGCACCAAACUGUGGAUUGAACUUGACCACAAGCACAGCUUUAAGGAUCCCUGAAAUAUGGGAUGCCAGAUUGUAUUCACUAAACCAGCUCAAGCUUUAUUUAAGAACUGUUUUCAUUGAGAGUGUUUUUGAACGUUCUCCUAAGGUAAGAGUGUUUUAAGCUGUGAACACUGUGUAUGGACACUGAAGAAGGGCUUCAAGAUUACAAGACCUUUAUUAAAAAAGAUCCCAUCCACAUUACUUAAAGAGUAAGUAGAUUCAAAUUUUCUUUUCUUCGUUUCCCUUAUUACUCAAAUGUAUUUGCUGUCAUUCUGAGUGUUCUGGUUUAUGCCUAAAAAAUAGUUAUUAUUUUUCUCUAAAUCUGCCUUACAUGGCUUUGAGCUACUUAGAGUUAAUCUGAAGAAUAUCAAAUGCUUGCUCUGAACAGAUUCGACAUUCCAUUCCAAUAAUGAGCACUGGGACCCUUCAGCUGUCAGUCCCUCCUACUUCCUCUGUCUAUAUAUAAGUAGAGCAGGGGGGGCUUGCCGUGUUAGAAGGUCCUAAUGUCACAUGACAGGAAUGGAAUGAAGAAGGCUCUUCAGGCCCAGCACUUGGGAUUCUCCAGACAAACUUAGUCAGAUACAGACAGAUUUGGAGAACGGUUAUAAUGGCUCAAUAUUGGGGAAUAAUGCAAGCAAACACAAUACAAUAGUAAGGAAAAUGCUAACUUUUUUUUAAAGUGGGUUAUUCUUUGAUAUGUAAUGUCUUACCUGUUUAAUGUCCUAUAAUGUGUGUUCUUUAUCAUUAUUUAUUGUCCUUUUUGCCAAGAUCAUUGUUCACCAGGUUAACUAACAAAAAGGUGAGAUGGCUUAAAAGAUGUGUGUAUUCAAAUUCUAAGUUUCAGAAGGGACAUCUUGUAUAUUUAAAAUAUAUAUAUAUAUAUAUAUAUAUAUUUUUUACAGUGCAUUCCCCUAGUGGUAAUUUCUAAAAACCACCGCACUUCAGAAAUUCAGCUUUAAGUGGUGGAAAAUGGUGUUCGUUAGUAAUUAUGAUGUUCUAAUCACAAACAACAUUAAAGAAUAUAGAGAACACACAUAGCUAAGAAAUAUAAAUUAUAAAUCACAUGUAAGAAAAUGUAGAUGGCAUAUAUGUAUCCUAGACAUGUUGCUUUUCAGUAUGGGAUGCCUUUUUGAUGUUAGUCUGUUGCCAGGGAUGUUCUUUAGCCAUUUGCAAUAUCCAAGGAUGAUUGUAAAGAAAAGUGCCUACACCUGAAUACCUAUAGAGGCCCAUAGUUAUUUACACACUUUGCUAUUGACACCACAGGUCUGUUUUAAUAAUGUAAACCGGGGUGAAUCUAAAUAGCAGUUCUAUAUUAAUCCAGCUUGUGCUUUCCUUCAGGGGAGAUGUAUUGAGCACCAUUAUUGACCACUACACACAACAACAAUGUAGUGGGAAGAGGUCAAAUAUAAUUUUAUGGUGGUGGUAUUAAAGUCCUUGCUGUUUAGAUUAUUAAAAUACCUCCACCCCCAUGGUUUCAUUUAAUCAAUGAUAUAGUUGUCUGAAUUAUACUGUAGAAUUUAUUGCAGUAUGGGUCCUGUGAAUAAAAUACUUAAUUAACUUUAAAUAGUACAGAAAAAGUCAUACACCCAUUCACCUUUAUUACAAUUUAAAAUUACCUUUCGAUUUAUUGCAGCAUCUAGACAGCUUGUCAUAGUACUGUAUGUACAAGAUUUUUGCACAAGCCUGUGGGAUAUAAUUUGCCACUCUUCUCAACUAACACGUUUCAAGGGCUCAAUACAUGAAAAUGUCUGCAUUUCACCACCCUGUUUCAUGUGAUCCAGCAGUGAUUGAACUGGAGAUGAAUAAGUUGUGCUAUCAACAUAAACUGUGAUGCCUCCACCCCAUUGUUCAAACAUAUUGAUUCAUUAAUUGCAUGCUACUCAGUGAAGUGAUAUACUAAUAUAUAGAGUCAAUACUUUUUUGAACAGCAUUGCAGAUGGUCUGGACUGGUUUGAGUGGUGUAAACAUCAUUGGUAUCUGCAUGGGUUAAUUCAACUUUGAUUGUGGGCAUUAUCCAUCUCCUAACAUUAUGUUGCAGUCGGUUUUAUUACAAUGAUAAUAGCAAUUUUCACAAGGGUAGUCCAUAAGCAAACAGGGACCAUAGACCACAAUGAUGCACAAUAGGAGGAAUCUUAAUAGCAAGAAAAAUAAUACAUUUCUUCCAUGUUUGUCAGAGAGCACUUAAAAUAAAAGCCGCACUCAUAAGCUGGCGGUGUAAUUAGGCUGUCUGCUUUGAAUUAGCAUUUUUAGGAAACUGUUGUUCAGUUCAGUGAAUCGGAUAGACUGGUGGUAUUGUUAGAAAUGUUAGACAUGCUGUUUAGUCUUGAAUCAUACCAACUAGGUUCUCUGAUUUAAUAGGUUAUUGUUCAGCGUUUCUAAUACAAACCAAGAGUCUAAUGUCAUGUGUGAAAAAAACAACACGAAAUGCUACAAUAUCAAAGGUAAACACCAAGGUCGGUUUGAAAAAAGAUUAAAAUUGCCAUAAGUUAUUUUAACAUAAGUGCAGUUCCCUGUAUAGUGUGUGGUGUUAAAAAAUAAACCAAGUGAUGUUAUAAAUAUUGAGGCGGGUUAUAUACUUUACCUGUUAUUGUACCUGUAUUGCUGACGGAGAACUCCAUUUCACUUCUUCCAUAGUAACACGUAAACUAAAUCUCUUGUAACAUAGCAACGUCCUAAAUGGACAUAGUGGUAGCCCAGCUAUCAAGAGAUUUUUGAAAAAUACGUCUGCGUUGUCUGGAACCUGGACCGAUUAGGGUUUGUCGGUAAAGCUUGCUGGUGGUAUAAAACACUUGCAUUAACAGCGUUCUGCUGUGACAUGCUGCAUCUGGAUCCAUGUGUACCUGCUUGAUUGCAGAUAGUGGAGUAUUCGUGUAACCCAUGUUCCUAUUCUAAACGUGACCCAUGCAAGGUGUAUCUCAAAAGAGGACGGGCCUAAACUGGUUCUCAGACAAGUUAAUAAGUCGUGUGUAAGAUGUCUCUUAUUGUGUCAUCUCGUGCAAUUUGGGCAAGAGAACCGCUAAAGCAAAGUAGCAGUUCUUUGAUUGGUUUGAUUUUAUAUACGUUAUAAUGUAAAGCCAAAUAAAAAAAAAUUGUCAACACAAUGUUGGUGUUUAUUUGAAUUAUUUGAGCGUCAAAAAAAAGUUGGCUAAAAUACACUUUAUGGUGUUAUUAAUACUAAGAUGUGUUUAAAAACUAUUGCGUAAGAUUUUUGUUUUAUUAAAUCUUCGAUUUUCAGUGUAUAGGUAGAAUUUCUAAACGCUUUGAACAAGGGUCUGAUUCAUAAGAUAUUGUAAUAUCCUGGAAAAUGGGUAGUUAGCUCGUUUGGUCCCAUAUUCUUCCUACUAAAAAUGUUUUUGGCAACAUAUUGUUUACAAAGAUAGUUGGCAGGUUUCAUAGACCGCUGAUUAGCAGCUAAGAUCGCAUUAGGAGUGUAUAUAUGUGAACAAUAAUGAUACGCCUAUAAAAUAUAUAGGCGUUAUGCAAAAUGAUAUAAUACGUGGGUUGAGUAUAUGCAAUAUUACUCGGCUACGCGUUUUUCAUCAUCCACAUUGUUAAAAUUAAAAGUAAUUAAAUGUACAUUUGUACUACUGUUUUAUUUCAAAUAGAUGCACAUUCACAUGACAAGAGUAUCUGUUCAAGUAAUUCAAGGUAAUUCAAGGUUCCCGCGGAAAAUUGUUAUAUUUGGAACCCAAUAAAUAUAAAUGUAUUUUAUUCAGAAUAAUAGGAAUUGUUCUUUAUAGAACCUAACACAAUUAUGGAUUCCAAAGAUAUGUAAAACAGCAUAUGGUUCUAUACAGCACAGUAUUAGAGUUUGCAAAUGGAAUCUAAAACUGGAGAAGGUUAGAUCACUUUUACUUCAAACAGGUAAUUUCUAAAAUAUCUUUAUCACUAGCACUACCGCGUAUUAUUAUUUUUUAUUUAUUAAUAUUAUGCAUGCUUUUGGACUGGUAGAUUAUUAAGUUGAUUUGUCCUUUACCAUUUUAAAGCGUAUUAUUCUUGCAUAGCAUGCAUUCAAUGAAAUAGGGCGGUGUAGUCUUUAUUGAAGACUAGCACAUCUGUAUUUAAGGAGAAGUGAGAGUAUUAGUUUUAAUAUAUAUAGAUAACAUGUUAUCAAAUGAAAAGUUGCAGUAUUCAUUUAGAUAGUAUGUCCUGCGAUAGAUUAGAACUGAAUUAAAAAUAUAAACAUUCCAAAGAAGUGGAUCCAAAAUACAGGGAAUGGGGUAUAGAAAAAAAAUUACAUUUGUUAGACAGUAAAAAAAAACAAAAAACAAAAAAAACAAAACAGUAACAGUAUUAUUUUACAAAAACGUUUCAUUAUUUUUCAUAACAAAAUAAUCGGCCUACAGAAUCUUAAAAUACUUCAAACUGCAGCAGAUCUCUAAUAUAAUAGUAUCUAAUGCUUAGAGAAUUAAACACAAUUGUUAAAAAAAAAAAACAUUACAUUAAAACUUUUUUUCUGUAACAUAUAGGCUACUGCACAUAUGAACAAAGACAAGAACAAUGCUGUGGGAAAGGGUGUGGUGUUUUUUUCUUUAUGCUGUAUAAAUAUACAGGAUCGUAACCAAAAGGUUUUCGUUUGCAGCAUUCAACUUUAAUACUGGUUUGCUUCCGACACAUUUUAAAUACUGGUUUCGUUUCAUGCUUGUAUAUAUUUAAAAUUAAGAUGCUAUGCUUUUCUUAAGAAAAAAAAAAUGACUAUAUGUAUUCCACAUUCUAAGUAUUGCAUUUUCUAUGAUUGCCACUUGUAUUGUAAUUUAAAUAACAUUGAAUUUAAAAAGAAAAAAAGAACACACUUUUUUUCCCAAUAUUUUUAU